UUGAUUGUUAGGUAAUCCAUCAAUCUAAUACAGGGUGUCCCGAAAUUAAAUCGCAAUGCUUUUCCAGCCGCAUCUUUGUUUAAAAAUAAGACAAAAACGUCGUAUACAGGAAUCUUGAAAAGUGAAUCGUUUUCAUGUUACAGGGUGUUUUAUAAUUCCUAUUGAAGAUAAUGGUUUUUGUUAAUAUUUUCGAAAAGCCUGGUCGUUAUUUUUCGAAAAUUUUAUCGUAUACUACUGGUAUUGUUACUAACUGAUUUUAUAAUAUUUUAUGCUAAAAUAUAUACAGGGUCGAUUGAAAUUAGUGGUCAACAAGGUUGAAAAUGUCAAAACUUUUUUUCUAGCUACUUUCUAAUAAUUUUGAUAAUAACAUCGAAAAGAAUCAAUAUUUUUAAUUCAAAAAGGUGCUCUUGUCUUAUUUCGAUAGGAGCGCCUGUUUUUUGCAAUAAUCAGACAUAAAAGUUUUGCAACCUACACUCGAUAAAGUAUUUUUGAUCACGUUUAAUAAAAUUAAAAGGUAUGUUACAAAUCAGCAGGUAUAAACUUAACAUAAGACUAUUACAAAUACUUAAUUUUAAAUCAAAAACUGUUUUCUUUGUUUAUAAUUGAAAAAAAUUAACUUAUUAACUAAGAAAAAAAAUUAUAGCAAAUGUUCGAAGUGGUUGCCAUUUUGUUGGAGACAUAAUCUUGCCCUACGCCUUAUUGCGCAAGUAGCCCUUGAAAUAGGAAAAUGGAUUUCCCCUUACCUCAUUAACCGCCCAAUUAAUCAUCUGAAUUAAUUCUUCACGGGAAUUAAUUUCUACAGCAUAUACCAAUUCGCUUAAAUGACCCCAUAAAUAGUAAUCUACUGAAGUUAGAUCUGGAGAUCGAGGAGGCCAAUUUCUAGAACCACCUCGACCAAUCCAACUUUCAGCAAAAUGGAUAUCCAUCCACUGACGAACAACGUGCUGAAAUAUUAAAUUCUAUCGUAUGUUAAGAGGAACGUUUUCCAAAAGCUACCCAAGAUUAUGUUGCAGCAUAUUUAAAUAGUUUUCAGAGGUAAGACGGUUGGGUAACUCUAUCGGGCCAAUAAGUUGGUCCCCGAUUAAUCCCGCCCACAAAUUUAUUGAAAACUUCCUCUGAAAGUUGGUACGCCGUAUUAUUGAAUUGAAGGUAUUAGUGCAUGAAGGUGUUAACUUACUUUUUUGCAAAAAUGCCGAAAAUGAGAUGCAUGAAAGUGUUAACUUAUUUUCUUGCGUUAGUAAAGACUUCGGUUCAUAGAUGUCGCUAGAGACUUUAAAAACUGAAGUUUAAAACACACCAACCCAAGUUUUGUCUAAAAUAGUCGGUGCAAGAAGGUGUUAACUCUUGAUAGUUGUGCAAGAAGGGGUCAACUGCUGAGUUAGCGCCUUCUUCCACAAUAAACUAGUACGAAAUUGUUUGUUUACAUUACGUACGUGUUGUUUAGGUGGUGCUGUACAACUGUUCAAAUUAAGUGAAUUUUUGUAUUUAUUGUGUCCCGCAAAAAGAGUAAGUCGUAUUUACAUUAUUUAAUGAAUAUUAUCGCUAAUUUAAACUAAGCUGAUAAUAUAAAUCAUAAACACUUUUUUACAUGACCUUGAAAUGACAAAAAAAAACACUAGGAAUUUAAUUUUAGUUGUGAUAAUACUCUGUAAUGGGUGAAUUUCAUGGAAGAACUCUACACCGCAGAAUCUGAUUUUACCUCAGAUUUUACCGACGAAAAAAGACCUGAACAUUUGUAUCGUAAGAGAAAACGAGUACCAGUUGUGCAAAAAAAAGGAAAAAAAGCUAAGAAAAUAUCAAACCAAAAUACAGUUACUGUUUUUAAAAACCAAGAUCAACGAGUAAUAAGACCUGAACAAGACGAAAGGCGAAAAUUAUGGAAAAUGAACUGGAAAAUAAUGUAACUGAAGAACUAGAACAACAGAUUACUGAAAUUGUAGGAGAAGAAAGAAUAUAUAUGACUCAUGUUGACGCUGAAGUUAACCCACCACAGGUUACUGAAAUUAUGGAACAAGAAUAUACGAGUAUUCCUGAGGUUGAAGCUGAAGUCAACCAACGGCGCAUAACCGGAAAAAAAAUCAAGGAAGCGUCGAGCUCAGCCACACAAUUGAAAAUAAACAUAAAUAUGGUAAAGAGAGAAAAAGGAGAGGCAUAUACUGACUAUAAAAAUAGACGUGUCCCAGAAAAAUCGUCCGCAGUUGGAACACAACUUUGCACAGAAAAAUGCAGACUAAAAUGCAAUAACAGCUUUGCAGACGCUGAUCGCAAUAGUUUAUUUAAGCAAUACUAUUCAUUACCUACCACUGAUGAGAAAAACGUCUACCUCUUUGGUUGUCUCAAACCAUUCGAUGUUAAGCAACCAAGUAGUACAAAUGCUGUUCGCCAAAAAUCUUUCAGAUAUUUUGUAACUUUAGAUGGAAAAUCAAAACAAGUCUGCAAAAGUGCAUUUUUAAAACUAUUUAAUGUCGGAAGAAAAAAAUUAGAGCGUAUUCGUAAUCAAAUUUCUCAGGGACAAGCUAUUCCAGCUAAAGAUAAGAGGGGUCGCCAUAUGACCCGCAAGAAUCAAACACCCAACGAGCAGCUUGACAUAGUUCGUCAACAUAUUAAAUCAUUUCCUGCAGAAAUGUUGCAUUAUUCGCGAAAUAAAAAUGAACAUCGCCUGUACUUAUCGCCUAUGCUAUCAAUAAACAAAAUGUAUGAACUAUUCAAGAACCAAUGUUUUGAACAAAAUCUACAGUGUGUCAAAAAUAAUAGAUAUAGACAAAUUUUUGUUUCCGAAUUUAAUUUUGGUUUUGGAUCUCCAAAAUCAGAUACCUGUAAGGUUUGUGACUCUAAUAGAAAUAAAGACGAACAAGUUAGGCGCUACAAGGCAGCAUUUGAAGAACAUAUUGAUAGAGACUUGGGGCUGUCGAAAAAGUUAUCCGGAAAGCUUAAAAUAUUUAUACAGUAGACCAGUACAUGACGUUAAUGAGGGAAGCUAGGAAAAGAAAUCCGUUUGUGUUAAUUAGAAUGGAAGAUAAAUUUAUUGAUCUAAAAGAAUUGCCACGAAAGUUAAAUUUGUUUGACAAAAAGAAAAGUAACAAGGGAGAAAAGAUACUUUUCCGCAAUGUAAGAUGGAUAAGAGUUGAUAAAUUUGGAACAACGAAAUAUAGAUAUUCACUUGAUGACGGAAGAGUGGCAAGAAAUAGAUUUUAUUAAACACAAAUCGACCCGCACAACAGGCCAAAAUAAAAAUAUGUUGGUUCCAUUAAAUAAAUCAAGACUCAUAACAACCAAAAAAUUUGAUAACAUUCAAGGGCAGCUUCCAUUUAUUCCGGAGAAUUUACGGGGAUUUUAUAUGAGCUUAUAUCGAUCUGAAAGUGAUUAAUAUUAAGUACCUACCUAUUUUUGUA